AUGUGGCUGUGGGCGCUGCUUCCUCUGAGUCUCGCUGUGUUUGGCAUUGCUGGGAUUUGGAUUGUAUACGUGAUAUCGGUAUCGAAUGGCACCGUCAACAUCACAGAACGAUUCCCGUACAUCAGUGAGUGUGGCAGUUACACACCUCAGAGUACUAUCUUCUCUCAGUACUGCAACAUCUGCACGAUCAUAGGCCUGUGGAUCGUGUUUGUUCGUUUCCAGCAGGUCCGGGACUACGGGGACCAUGGGAAGGCCAAUACUCUGGGUGUGAUUUUGGGAUUCGUCUCGUGCGCUGGAGUCUCAGUUCUUGGGAAUUUCCAGCAGUCUGUCCAGAGGAUGGUCCACCUGGUGGGGGCCUUCACCGCCUUCAUCGUGGGUCUGCUUUACUUCUGGGUGCAGCUGUUUCUAACGUACAGAGUCCAGCCCUCGUACGACCGGCACUGGGUCGGUCCCACCAGGGCCCUGUGCUGCUGCCUCUGCACCGUCCUCUGUGUCACCAUGGUGGCGCUGGCGAACACGGGUCACCGCUCGGCCGCCGCCGCGUGCGAGUGGGCCCUGGUCAUGCUCUUCUUCUGCCUCUUCGGUCUUUUUGGAGCAGAGUUCAGACACGUCGACUGUCACCGUCUCACCGUCCAGAGACACGUCCUGAAGACACAGAGGACGUCCCUGUGCGUCGUGUCCAACCACCACCUCGCCACGGUCCAGAACACUCCAGUCUGAGCAGUUUGAGAAGGUGGAGUGUGGAUUUUUGGGGAAGUACUUUCUGUUUUUAUUGAUAUUUGUCAAGUGAGGCCAUCAAGACGCUAACUGAAGGCACUGCUCUGUCUGAAACUCUGUAUUUAAGACAUUUUCUGAGCUUUGUUUUAACACAGUCACCAGUUUUACAGUCACACUCAUCUUUUUGUAGAAAAUCUUAACAGGAUGUCGCUGAACUCUUGUAAUUUGUUGUUUAAAUCCAUUUUGUAUUUUGUAUUUUCUUACACACAAAAGGACAAACUUUAAUUUAUUUAAAAAAGUACUGUACAAAACAUGACCUCAGUUGUAUCAUAACUCAUGUAUUUCAAAUUAUUCAACUUGUGUUUAUGAUUAUGCAGUUUUAUUACACGAAACAACCUCAAAUGUAUUUAUUUAAACACAAGGUGGCGCCAUUCCUCUGCGCUAAAGAGCUUAGAAUAGAAACACAGUGCAAAGUUAUUCAGAGUGAAAAUGUGUGUGUUUUCUGCAGAAUGUCACAGGAGGAUGGAGCUGUAAAAUAUGCUCUUUAAAACAUUAACAGUAACAGAAGUAAAAUAAAUAAAUACUUUCCUAGUCCAGUUAAUUCCUGAAGUAACGGCAAAACUUCAUCACUUCUACAUGAUGUAAAGUCUGAUAAAAUAUUUAGCGUUGAGCGUUUAUGAGAUUACCUUACACAGACUCCAAAUGUGCAAUUUAACUAAACACACACACACACUCAUGACAAAGUACACACAUGCAUCAACAGUAAACAGAUGUACACAAAAACGCAGCAAAUACUUUUCCAACAUGAAGCUUGAGGUGAUGAAUGUGCCAGAUGGAAGGUACAAAAAAAUGAAAGUGCAACUGCAAACGUGCAGUAUGUAACUUUUCAGGAGAGUGUACACCUGCUUUUACUACGACGUGCACUGAGCAAUAAUUAAGCCAGAACAUAUGUGUCAAACUCAAGGCCCCCGGGCUAAAUGCGGCCCUCCACGUCAUUUUAUGUGGCCCACAACAAGAUAAACUGACAUUUUAAGACAGUCAAGACAGUUAAUUUAUCUGGAGAUACAGUUGUACAACCAUUUUUGUUACAUCUAUGGAAAUGUAUGUGUGAUAUUUGUAACAUGAAUAAGAAAUAAACACAGAGAUAGUUAAUG